AUGAAGUACGUAGUAUUUUUUCUUGGUUUUCUACUCACGCUAGCUUUGUUUGCUCAAAGAACAGAAUGCUUUACAGCUGGAAUUGGAAAUGUUGGAGUCAAUGGUAAAAGGCAAGUCAAGGUAAGUCGAAAACAUUUGUUUGCCUUAUACAUGAAACAGAACUCAAACCGAAUAUUACCAUGUCUAGAUGGAUUUGUGAAAGGAGCGUAAACAGUAUCAAUUUUUUUCUUGAACCUUCGCGAUUCCUGUUGGAAAUUCUGUUAACUAAAAAGUUAAAAAAUAGUCUCCUGCACAUAAUGUAAGGCGCGUCCAAAUUGCUAAAACUUUGCUUGCUUUAUAAACGGUCAUAUUUAUCAUUUUUUUUCUUGCUUUGGACCAACAUGAAUGGAUGUUAAACAAAAGAGGUAUUUGAAUCAUAUUUUGGCGUCUUCCGUUUUACUCCAAGUAUUGAAUUCAAAAACAAAGAAAUCUUAUCUGCCACAAAAUUCGAAGUGAUAAAAUCUUGACGUCUCUUAACAGAAUGCUGUAAACAUUUUAACAAACCAUCUUCAGAAAAGCUCAGCGUACGAAAUCAGUGAACUUUGCGUAGAUAAGCAGGGGUGGCUGAGGAAGUUCAAGGAGAAUGUUGAACUCCGAAGGAAAAAAAAUAGCAGCUGGAGUCGGAAAGUUUCAAUGUACUUAAACAUGAAAGAGUUUUAAAAGUUUUAUUUUGAACAGUUUUUAUUUUGUUUCCUGGUACUUUCUUGUACGAGUCUGUUAUCCUCUCGCGUGUAUCACUAACGACUAAAUAUUUUCGCGUAAGAAAUAUUUAUUUUAUUUCACUUUCAAAAAGAACGCACACUUUGAAAAAGCACUAAAACUAACAGUCGAUUUAAUGAAUUAAAUUGCCUUGCUUCAUUGUAAUGGUGUCCCUUUCGUGCAAAAAGACUGAAUCACUUGCAGAAGAUUAUAAGAGCCGAAAUCUUUUGGCAUCGAAGUGAGACUCGUAGGAUAGUGUCAUCUUAAUUUCAUUUGCGGUCUAAUAUUUUAGAUGAUAUAAAAUACUGAAAUUUGAAAAAAAAUUAAAUAAAAUGAAUGGAAAAAAGAGCUAAUAGUUAUACGAAAACUUUUUUGUAUUUCCAGACCUAAAGCUGACGGUCCAGGAAAAAAUCAAAUAAAAGAUUGAGACUUUACCAGCUGUCUUUCCCACAGUAUUUGGCGUUUCUUUGUUUUGCAGUCGUUUUUAUCUCAUCAAAUGUAAGACAAUUAAAACGAGAAAAAUAAUCGCAGUAGCGUUUGUGCAUCAGGAACCAAGCGAAAAAAAAAGAAUAAAAACGGCUCGAAAGCAUUUAAAGCCCUGCCUUUGAGGUACUCGAUAACCAAAUUAUUAUACGGUGUGAUUUUCAUAUUUGGUUAUUCUGUACAAUAUCGGAUAGAGAAAUCGUCAAAGCCAGACAGAUUACUUAUCGCGGUUAGCGCCAAAAUUGUAAUUUCAAACAAAUUAUUAUCAUUUCAACAGGUUUUCCAAUUACUAUCACUUAAAAAUAUUUGCUUUAUUUUCCUGUAAUUUAGACCUUCCAACUGUCUACCUAUGUCUCAUUCUCGCUAUACCCGUCCCUCAGUCAAAACCAGCUUUAUAUUUUAACACUCACUCAUCGUGACUUUGGUUCGAUUCCUAGGUUCACCAGGCCCUUGACCGCGUCUGCCGAGAAACACUGGCCAUUUGCGUGGAGGCUGGAAAAGACUACAGAUUAAGAUCGUUAGAAGGGGCACAAACAAAGAGAGCUGACAACUGA